AUGACUGUCUUCAACGGAAAGGCCAAAGUUCGGGUGGUGGAAGCCAGGGACCUCAGGCCGACCGAAUGGUCCAAACGGUGAGUCCCCUCCUCUUCUCCAUGACUUGUACGCUUAGAUUCAACAAUGCCAGUGACGUGGAUCAAGUUGUCGACUCGUAUGUGAAUGUGGAUUAUGACGAGUACCAUGUGGGACAGACACAGACCAGGCCAAAGACGAACACGCCACAUUGGAAUGAGGAUUACCAUGUAAGAAGUGAUUCCUGGUUAUUCAUAAAAUCUGAAGUGAUUUCCCUCCUUUUCGAGUAUUUUCGAGUCUAUUCUGGUUCUAGGACUAGCCCUAAAGAACAAUAUUAGUUUUUAUUCUUGGACUAAUAAGCGAGGCCCUUUUAAUUUCACCCGUCAUUAUAAUUAUUCUCGUUUUGUCUUGCCUCAAAACUCGGCACGGUCUCUUCCUUUUCAUAAAUGCCCUGAGGGCACGGGAAUCAGCUUAAGCGGAGAGAGGAAACAGAAAUUCGCUUCAGACUGAAGUGCAGAACGGCAAAGUGCUCGGCUUCACGAUCUUCCACGACUGCGCGUUGCCGCCUGAUGAUUUUGUCGCCAACUGCCGAAUCCCCUUCGAGGACCUCAAAUUAAAUUCGCCGAAUGAUAUCUGGGUGGAUCUGGAGCCACACGGCCAACUACAUCUCCUAAUCGAACUUCAGGGCACCAUCAUGGAAGGUCGGUUGUCAUUCAUGCUAUUAAUAGAGGUGUUAUGCCAUUUUUUGACCUUUUUUAACACUUUUUGGACUAGUUUACUUUCCGGCCUACGGCACAAAAUUCUAUACGAUCAUUUUAUGGUCGAGUUAACGACAUCAACUUGUGGUUUCAGCUCUCCCUCUCCAUCCCGCCCUUAGGGUCCGGUUUUAA